AUGCAGCCAGGUAUGCAGCAGCAGCUGCAGCAACCGCAGCUGCAGCUGCAGCUGCAGCAGCAGCAGCUACAGCAACAGCAGCUGCAGCAGCAGCAGCUGCAGCAACAGCAGCUGCAGCAGCAACACCUGCAGCAGCAACAACUUCAGCAGCACCAACUGCAGCAGCAGCCUAUUGCGAUGCUGCCCCUCAAGCCUGAGCCCACUGCUGCAGUGCUGCCGCCGCAUGCAGCGCAGCAGCAGCGCAUGGCUCUGCAGCAGCGGCAGCUCCCGCUGCAGCCGCCGCAGCAGCUGCAGCAGCUGCAGCUGCAGCAGCAGCAGCAGCUGCAGCAACAGCAGCAAAUGCAGCAAGCCCGCCCGGGUGCCCAAAGAAACGUAGAGCCGAAGCACGUGCUGCUGCUGCUGCAGCGCAUGGCUGAAGCAGACCCGGCCCGCUUUCAGGGCGUGGAGCUGCCGCAGACGGGCGGGAGGUCUGUGGCGACUUUGCUGCAGUCGCUGGAGCAGCGGGGAAUAGUGCGGGUUCAGGAUGUUUUGAAGGGGGCUUACGAGCUGGCCAAGCAGCAGCAGCAGCAGCAGCAGCAGCAGCAGCAGCAGGCGCAGCAGCUGGCGGUGAAGGUGCAGCAGCCGCAGCCGCAGCCGCAGCAGCAGCCGCUCGCGAAGUCCCAGCUGCACCUGCAGCUUCAGCAGCAGCAGCAGCAGCAGCAAGACCGCCCGCUGGCGAUGGCGCAGCAGCAGCAGCGCAUGCCGCAGCAGAGCGACGCAGCAGCAGGAGUAGCAGCAGCAACGAAUCGAGGAAGAAUGCCUCCUGCUGCUGCUGCUGCUGCUGCUGCUGCUACUGAAGCAACGGCGAAUGCAGCAGCAAUGCACGCACCUCUGCUGCCUGACCAUGAGACCCUGGCGAAAGUUGCAGCUUACCCGCGAGACAGGCAGGUUGACUUGAUCGCUCGUCUGCUGCAGAAGCCCCGGGGCCCUCAGGUGGCGCAGCAGCUGCAGCUAGCUGGCCAUGUUGCUGCUGACGUUUGUGCUGAGGCUAUGGCUAGCUGCACGGGCAGCGCGCAGCAGCAGCAGCAGCAGCAGCAGCUGAGACAGCGGCAGGCGCAGCAGCAAGCGCAGCAGCAGGCGCAGCAGCAGCAACAGCAGCAGCAGUACCAGCAGCAGCAGCAGCAACAGCGGCUGCAGCACAUACGGCCGCAGGCUGCUGACUCCCAAAUGCCUUCAGUGAAACGGCCCCGCGUGGAAGACAGCAGUAGCCGCAGCAGCAGCAGCAACAGAAGCGGCAGCAGCAGCAGCAGCGGCAGCAGCAGCAGCAGCAACUAUCUGAUUGCUGCAGACUACAGCACAGAGGGGGAGCGGCGCACAUUUAGGCCGCAGCUGCUGCGGCAGCGCCCAAGGUUUAUAAGUGUUAUAAGGAAGCAUCUGCCGCUGGCUGGGGAUGAGCAGCAGCAGCAGCAGCAGCAGCAGCAGCGAAGGGGGUGGUCUUGGGUGCCCAGCGCGUCUGCUGCGCAGGUGCUGCAGCAGCAGCAGCAACUGCGUCAGCUGCUGCAGCAAGAGCUGCAGCAGCAGCACAUAAUGCGGCCCGUUACCGCUUCUGCCGCGACUCUUGCGCAGCAGCAGCAGAUGCAGCAGCAGCAGCAACUGCUGCAGCAGCAGGAGGAGCAGCAGCAGCAGGGCAUGCUGCGCCUCUACCUGCAGCGCCGGCUGCAGCAAAUCAUGAGGCGGGCUGGCUGCCUCAGCGGCGUGGCUGUUGUUGCUGCUGACGAAGCAGCAAUUGUAGAUAGGCUGCUGGAGGCUUUGCAUCUGAGACUCACCAGCAGCAGCAGCAGCAGCAGCAGGGGGGGGGGCGUGGAGAGUCUGGUGCACAGCAGCUUCACGCUGAUUCGUUUGCUGGCGAAGAUUGUGGGGGCCACUCUUAUGGCUGUCAGCAGCAACUCUUAUGCUUCUUUGCCCCCCCCUUUGGCUUUUCCUGCUGUUGGCUUUGCUGCAGCAGCAGCAGCAAUGGCCCUCAGCGCCGCGCUCGCGCUGCUGCUCGUGCUCCGCGCGCCCCACACCCCCCACCCCAAACGCCCGUAG